GGCUCUGGCUUGGGGCAGGGGCACAGCGGGCAGACCCCGCCGAGGGGCCCGUUGUGACCAAGAGCUGCGGGCAGAGGCGGCCGCGGAGGCGCCGGGCCCCGAGCGUGUGAGGCCGCAGGAGGGGGACGUGCAGCUACGGUGAGAGACAAAACCUGUAGUUCAGUGGCGGCAGCAGCGUUGUGCAUUGGGUCCUCUUCAUUUUUUAAUUCUCAGAGGCAGAUGGAGGAGGUGUAAGUUUCUGACAGUCUCCACACGUUGCUUUCGCAUGUUUCUCUGUGAGGAUGUUAGGUACGAGCAUGGCCUUGAUGUGUUUUCCUUUCACACGAACAUUUUUUGUACUGACCCACUGCCUUGGGCUAUCUUGUGAGCCGGUUUUCUGGUGUUAUCGUUGCAGUAUGCUGUUUCCCUUUUAGGUAAGAAAUAGCUGUAACAGGUCUGCGGCAGGCUUCUUACAGUGUGAGCCUCACAGUCUGUCAUGGUGCUCCCCAGGUCUCUGUGGGCGUGUGUGAAAGAAGGAUAAAAUUUGUACAUUUUGCCUUAAACAGUAGGACUGUACUCAGCGUUUUGCAUACACCUCUAUGAGUAUACAUGUGACAUUUUCCAUUUCUGCAUCCUUCCUUACAUUGGUUGUCUAUCUGUUAUUCACAUCAGAUCUGGGAUUGCUUUUAAGAAGCAGAAAUAAUGUAUUAUUCUUGUUAUGUUCAAAGGACAAAUAACUGAUUUUCAGCUUCAAGCUAAUGCGAUGGGACCAAGCAAGCCAGCUGUGUCUGAUGCUGCAUUUGCACUCACUGCCCGGCUCUACAAGAAUGAAGCACAGGCUUUACAAACACAGCUCCAGUUUAAUAGAAAUGUUCCUACAGUUCCAGAGAACUUGGCUCUCAGGUUCUCUAACCCCCGUCCGAUUAUAAUAGAAAAACUGAAGGCAUCCAGUGAUCAGAGAACUCUGUCUGGAAUUGAGGACCCCAGCAUAAGAAGCUCUGGCAUGUUUUCAGUGGUAUCUGAGGAGAGGCUAAAACUAGCUACUCAGCUAGCCAAAAGGGACAUAAAACGAAGACAUCUUGAAGACCAAGUGAAACAGAAGGUGUUUGGAGAUGCUGUCAAAAAAGUAUUGUUGGUCCAGAAGUCAGAGCAGCAGAAGACCCAGGCAUUUGAAAAUCCGGAAAGUAAAAAUGCACUGAAGUCUCCAACUUGCUUGAAAUAUCAGCAGAAAUUUGGUCAGCCUUCCAGAGUGGAGACUACAACCUCUGGUGCUAAAGUUUAUCUCUACACACCAACUGAGGGAAAGGUCAUACCAGCUAUUGUGGACUCUCCACUCACCCAUGACAGAGGAGCAGACCCCAAGCCAACUGUGAACAAAAAAGAAGAUAAAAAUAUGCAGGAAGUCCGAAGGCUGCAAAAGGAAUUGAGGAGCUAUGUCCAGAAAAUUGAAGAGCUGUCUAAGAAAGGGAGACAGAGGGAAAUUUUAGAUCCUGAUGAAGAGCAACGAGUCUGUGCUAGGAGACAGAAACAAGCUGCACGGUCAGCUCGGAUGCUGUAUGUACUCCAGCAACAGGUAAAAGAAAUACAGGAUGACUUAGAGAAAUUGAGUCCUCAUAAAAUCAAACAUCCUAAAAUGUCUCUAGCAGUAUCCAGAUUGGCAGCAGCACACAGAGGAGCUGUACGAGCCUUGCAGGCAUUUGCCAAUCAGUUUGCAGAACAAACAGAGCAGCAGAUUCUUACUCACCACAAGCAAUUGGGCAGUCUCAUUCGACAACUGUCCCUGUGUUCUGCCAAACUAGGAGUGAAUUCUUCCAUUUCUGACAUCGUCAUAGAUAUUUUGCUGCAAGUUGAGGUUAUGGAUUCACUGCUGGAAAAGAAACAGACACCCAAAAAAGCGAAGAAAUGUAUUUCAUCAUCUCAGGGCAAAUCUCCAAGGAAUACUGAGACAUUUCCAGUCAGAAAGCAGCUUUCAUCUCCAAAAGGAGAAAACAAACCUCUCAUCUUAAAGGGACAGCAUGGAUACGAACCUAGAAAACCUCCAACUGCCCGGAGUCUCUUGAGUGCAGUUCAGAAGGGAACCAGUUGUGCUCAUAUAUUGCACACUAAAUUCCGAGAAGAAAAUGACCCACCUACUCCAGACAGAAAUGCCACUUUACAAGGAAGCAUAGAUGCAUUGGUGAGAGUUAGAGCUGUAAAAAAAGAUCCCGUCCUCGAAAGUGUCCCAUUGAAGAAGAAAGGUGUGUCAGUACCUACAAAAUCACAGGGAAUGCAGAAAUCUCUCCAAUCAAGACAAGUACAUCCUAAAGGAAAGCAUACCCGAUUUCAAGAGACAAGGAUGGCUUUCCAGCUAAGAGAGAACAAACAGCUGGUCAAGGACAGAAGAACCUGCAUUCCUCCAAGCCCAGUGUCUCCACCUGAUCCAUCUCAGCGACUAGCAUCUCUUGAAGCAGAAACUUCAAGAAGAGCAAAGGUUCUAGCUGUCCCUAGCAGCAAAGAAAUGAAAAAAAUGCAGAAGUUAAGGUCACCAAGUGCUUCUCCAACCCAGCAUGCAGACAAAUUUGAGAAGGAUGCAUGGGAGCCCUUGGAACCUCUAUUGGAUAGGACACAGCAGGUUGCAGCCAAUGCAGAUAUUCUGACUGAAAAACUAUUGGAUGAUCUUUUGGAAGACACUGCUCAGGAGCUGUGGAGGAUGGAGCAGCAGGAGAGACUCCAGACAGAAGCUGUGCCCAUGGCUGACACUCAUAGUCUGGAGACAAUGUUGCAAAGAAUGGAAGAAAUUGAAAGGUACCAGGAGGCCGUACGCAGGAGAUUCAGCCAGAUCGUGUACAGUGAUUCGGACUUUUGGGCCCAGGAAGACAAAAUGGAGCGACAGAUUGCACCAAUAGCUGAAAUACCUGCACCUCCUCAUCCAAUUCAGAUAACCAAAUUAAUUGGACACACAGAGUCAGAAAUGGACAUUUUAUUUGAAAAACUUUUUGAUGGCAAUGAUAUUGAUAAAAACGAAGAAGCAGAAGAGAAACUGCAGACUGGAAAUUACAUUCCAGAGCCCUUGACUUCGGAUUCUCUACAUAAAGAGCGCUGUAUGUCUCUCACCGUGCCAAAGCAUAUGCUCCAGAACAUCUUGGAUUAUAAAAGCAGAUACAGCCAUCACUUAAAGCUUAUUUCCCAUGAGGCAGUAGGCAAUUUCAACCCGUGGCAGAUUGCUGAGAGUCUUGCAGAGCAACUGACAGAAGAAGCCCUGUGUGAUGUGGCAGCAGAGCUGCAGGAUGUUUGUGAGGAUUAUGCAGAAGCUGUGUUUACAUCAGAGUUUUUGCAGCCAGUGCAGUAAAUGCUUUCACAUCUGCCCUACCUUCAAAUGCAACAUCAGCCUCAGUCUUAACAGAUUAUCUCAUUUUUUAAUGUCAUUUUUUUGUUGAUUUUUUUUUUUUUUUAAGUCUAAGAGAUUCUGUUCACCAAAUUAAUUAAGUUCAUCAAGGAUUCAUCUCAGGUUUUUAUAAAUCCAUUAUCGUAAUGUUUUCCUUUUCAGACUUUAUAAUACUGCAUUUAUCAGGACUCGCUUCUUUUAGCCAGUGUUUCAAUAGAAUGAAGUAAACUGUUACAGGUAAAAUUUAUGUAUUUUUAUAGGAAUACUAAUGCAUUUGUAUACCUGUAUUACUUCACUCAUUUUAUGUGUGAUCUUACUAGAGUAAAAUACUGCAAGGAGGGCUGGGUUCAAGCAGUGUCAUGGAUUUAGCUGUACUAUGCCUCAAUUUUCUGCUUUAAAAUAGAGAGAAUCUUACUUACCUACCUCAGAAGGGAACUAUGGGUUUUAGUUUAUUCUUUUCAGUAAAAUGCAUUGAAUGUAUCUAAUAGAUGUGUUGGAAGAAUGAAAUGUUAGUGAUGUUUCUAAAUCUGAGAUGGAACAGUCCAGACUAAAAGCUGUUUGGUUUGCUCUUUUGGACUUUCACUAUCAUGUAAGAAAGACUGUUGUCUGACCACCAUGCUUAGCAUAGAUCCUAGGAGUAGUUCUUCUGAGGAUGUGGCUAUCCAGAGGGAGGAUUCUUACAGCACAGCAAUAGGUAGAAGUAAGCAGCAUUGGCUGUACUCAUAGGCCAACAGUCUACUUGGACUCUUGCAAUUAACUUCUGAAUUUAAUGCCUCUUCUUUUGGUUUCUGAAUAUCACUAGGGCAUUAUGCACAGACAAAUGAGACUUUUCAGUAGAAGCAUAUGAUGGAGAUUUUCUUUCUUUUUUCUUAAACUAGUCUAAAAUAUUAUGAUUUUAUCAGCAUUUACUAAUCCAACCCCACAUUCCUUACUCUUAUGAAUCCUAUUGAAAUCAAGAACAAAAAAAUAAAUGAACAAUUGGCAUUUCUGCAAUAUUGAAUUAACUUGUUUAGUUCAAGUAAUCAAUGCACUCCUUUGGAUUAUGUGUGGAGAGAGAGAUGAGUAAUAAUUAUUUAUGGUAGUAUUCUAGGGAAACGCAAACUCACCCCUUGAGGUAAGCCAAAAACCAGUAAGGCAGCCUGUUUCCUGUGAGACUUUUCUCCAGUAGCGUUCAACCUACAACCCAAUAAUUUUUAAUCUUCUAAGAUUACUUUUUUAUUGCCUCUAAUCAGACUAUACAUUUUAAAAUAAUUUUGUUUUUAUUGAAGCGUGGUUUACUGUUCUGUUUGUCUUGAAAUUUACACAAAAUGCAAUGAUGUAAAUGCUACUGCUGAUGUGUGACUUUCCUGACGUGCCAUUUCUGUGAUUCAAAAUGCCGUCUUUUUUUUUUUUCUUUCUAAGAUUAUAGAGAUAAGCCUACUUUUAAAUCCAAAAGAUCAAAGCCGUACUGUCUCUAUGUAUGUGUUUGUAUGCUUGCUGAAAGUAUUUUCAAGAUAUUUUAUUUUUUAAUAAACAACACUUGUUUCUUAGGACUUAA